AUGACCAUGCUUAACACCACUAACAACCACAGCAUAUUUAACUCAUGUAUGAUUAUCCUUAACGAGAUUCUAUAUGUUUCUCGUUUCCUAAAUCAGUCCUAUACCGUACUUUCGCUCUCAAUUGGUCACUUUUCCGGUUGCGCCCAACAUCUAGGCUUGGCCAUAAAAAAUACUAUAUCAAUAGCCAGUUAUGCAGAAGACUAUAAGGAGUUUUUGUCAUUAAAGUGCAACGCAAUCUUGUUGGAUAUUUUACUAUUUACUGGCCUUCUUACAACCAGUAUGAAAGCAGCGCAUGAGGCUACCAAUUGGUCCCACCAGAAGCAAAGGCUAAAGAGCCCACCCUUUUCGAGGCAAAAGCUAAAAAAGAGUCGUCAUGCAAAGAUCCUUUCAGAAUGGGUAUAA